AUGUCUUCAGACAUCCCCGUCUACAACCAGGCAUGCCUCGCCACCGACAGCUCAAGCACUGCACCAUCCUUCUACCUCGUCGGUUCUAACUUACCAGGAUCACUGGAAGUCAAUUACAUCAACAACCCCGACGCGACGACUUAUACCCAAGUCGCGAGUUUCAUAUCCCCUAAGCUGUUCAGUUGGAGCGGGAAGGCCCAGGAUUUCGAUAUGUUCACGGUGGUGACGAAUGACACAGUAGCCAAUGCCCCAAAGCCAGGGAUGUGGGGGAAUGUCAUGAUGAACUUCCAGGUCGCCGGUACCAGUCUGCUAAGCUACGACAUGACGCACAACCCUGUCGCCGUUGAUAAUGCCUUGCUGGCAGUCGGAACAUACGGAGACUCGUUUGGCAGCAUAUCUCAUGGAUACACCAUCGUUUUCGAUAAGGUCGGCAAAGGACAGAUCUUUGCUGCCACAGGCAAUCUCCUGGCGACUGUGACUAACAAUAUCUCUGCUCUUACGCUUGGAAUUCCGGAGAGUGUCAACAUGAACGGGAUUUCGCUCACUGUGGACGCCAUUCCUAUCACUAUGGGCACCACAGCGUACAUCCUUGACAAGGCAGACAAUGGCACUACAGUCGUCUACUCCAUCAACCCAACCACUUCAACGACCUUGAACCGCUUGUACAACACAGGCGACUCCCUCCAAUUCACCAACAAUAUGGCAGCAGCAGCACUUAACAAUCAACUCCUCACCUACUCCGUCAACAAGAAUGUCGCAUCAUUCAACGUCUUUGAUGUGACUACAUCAUCUUGGUCAGGAGCCGGCUUAGUCCCGGCGCCCGUGUCUGGACCCACAUCUAAUCCAACCUCUUCAACAUCUUCACCAACAUCUAUGGGCGCCAUUGUUGGAGGUGCUGUUAGUGGACUUUUUCUGAUUGCCAUUGUUGUGCUUUUCUUUGUACGAAACCGACGACGGCGCCAACGUAAGAAUCGCCAAAAAAUUAUGGAGGGGACCAACUUUGCACAUCUGCAAGGUCCUGAGGCGAACAUGUAUAAUGGGGGCGCCACUCCUCAGCGACAUGCUCAGUACGACAUCCAAGGAUACAUCCAGUACGAACAAGGUUACGUCCCCUACGACCAACAAGAAUACCAGCACCAGCCCCAGAACCAGCAUCCAUCAUCUCCUUUUAUACCCCCUCCGCCUUUCAACCAAGGAGGUGUGGAUGACCUAUCGUCGUACAAGGUGCCACAACCGAUCUCAGCAGAGCCCUCGUCAGUUGAUUCACCGCUCGUGCGUGAUUCCUCGUACAUCAGUCCUACCUCGUACAGGGAGUCGUUUUCCUUUGAACCGAAGAGUAUUGAUUCCGUCCUUGCCAUCUCUAAGUCUGAGGAGAGGUCGUCGUUUGGUCAGAGUCCGCAAUAUGUUCCCAGUGCUGUGGGUGGUGCGGGAUCUGAGGUUCGGUCCCCUCAGAUGGUCCCUAGUACUUCUAACGGUCAUUAG